AUGGGAUCGAAGAGAAAUGAACUGGACAGGAAGGACGUGUAUAGAAAUUUAAACUACAGCAACGAGAAACUAAAUGGAGGUGAUAUUAAAUAUGUAAAGGAAAUAGACCCAAUACUGAAUGACGAUUAUGGAGAUAGCUUUUCGAACUAUAGGAGUAAUAAUAAGGAUGUAAAUAUAAGCAAGUUAAAAAACGAAAUAAUACAAAAUGAGUUAUUAAAUAAUGAUGAUAUAAAUGAUGUAAGCUUAGGUUUAGUAAAAGAUAAAUCCAUAAAAAAAAGAGAAAAUGAAUUUCAAAAAAAAAAAUAUGAUUAUAUAUUAUCACCAGGAAGAGCAGAUCCUUUUUCGGACAAAAGCCCUUCCCCUGAGGAAAGGACUUAUGUAGAUGUAAUGCAAGAAAUACAUAAUGAGGGGAAAAGGAACAAAAUUAUUCAUGGUAAAAAAGGUAGUGCAAGUGGUACUACAACUAACGAAACGAGGAAAAAAAAAUUAAGGUGGGGAUAUACAGAAGGAGAGCAUACCAUCAAUAAGACAAAUGGCGAUGGAGUGGAUACAUCCAUGUAUUAUACUGGAAUAGCUACUAUUGCCAGUGGUGAUGCUGGGAGCAAUGAUACUGGCUCCGUUACUACUGGUACCGCUGCUACUGGUACCGCUGCUACUGGCCCCACUUCUUCUGACCCCGUUACUGCAAGGCAAAAGGGGGAAGGCAGUGGCUUGAGGAAAGAAAGUACGAAGAGCAAAUGGGAUUAUGUAGAAGAGGAAAAUAGUAUAAAUUUCGGGAGCAUGCCAACCCCAGCACCCAGCAAGUGGGUAGACACACCAUUUAUAUUAAAUGAUGGUAAUAUAAAAAAAAAAAAAAUUUCGAGAUGGGAUAAAAUAGGCGAAGGCAGUGCAGCAGAUAAUACAGGCGCCAGUGAUAUGAAGACACCAAAGAUAGCUAUCCUAGAUGCCAAUAAUAUUAAUAAGAACAGAAAUAAUAUUAGUAAUAAUAACAAUAGUAGUAAUAAUAAUAAUGUGUUGGGUAGUACGCCAUACAUAAUUACGAAUAAUAAUGGUACAAUCAUUAAUACACCUUAUAUGGGUAAUCAUACGAACAUGUUUACUCCUAUGGCUACGGGUUUGUCGUCUUCAUUACAGGGUGACUCACUUAUUAAGAUGAAAAUAAAAAAUGAAAUGGAUGUUCGAAAUAGACCUUUAACAGAUGAAGAUUUAAAUGAAUUGCUACCUUCUGAGGGAUACGAAAUUGUGAAGCCUCCAGAGGAGUAUGAAACUUUACGGAAAAAUAAAUUAAAGGCCAUGUUUAAAAGUAUGGCGGGAACACCUCUACUCUUAAGUAAUAACAGCGCUGCAGGAAGGAGCGGCAUUAUUAGCACGAACCAAAUGCUCAGUGUGAACAACGUUACUGUUAGUAGCAGUGGUGCUACUGAUACCUUCCCUGGUAAGAACGCAGGAUUGCAAAAUGACAGCAUGAGUGCGAUUGGCGGUAUUGUAAACAACUUGGUGAGUACACCUUACGAGAGCAAAGAAAAGGAGAUGGUACAAACCCCAUAUAUGAAUAACAAUAUGCAAAGUACUCUUAUUAACACGCCCUUCUAUGAUAUACCUACUGUUAAUAAUAACCAACAAGAGGAAGAAACACAUUAUAGUAAUAUUAUGCAAAAUAAAUAUUUCGAGAUUAAUAAUCCACAGGUUUUAAGUGAGUUAAAAUAUAUACAACUAAAGGAUGAAGAUUAUAUUUAUUUUAAUAAAUUAUUUCAAAAUGUGAAUGAAGAAGAGCUUUCACAAGACGAGUUAAAAGAAAGAAAGUUCAUGUUAUUAUUAUUAAAAAUAAAGAAUGGUACUCCAUCAAUACGUAGAACAGCAUUAAGAGCUAUUACAGAAAAGGUAAAGGAGUUAGGACCAGAAACAUUAUUUAAUUUAAUAUUACCAUUAAUGAUGCAAAAUACGUUAGAAGAUCAAGAGAGGCAUUUAUUAGUAAAGGUAAUUGAUCGAAUUUUAUUUAAACUAGACGAUUUAGUAAGACCAUAUGUACAUAAAAUAUUGGUUGUUAUUGAACCUUUAUUAAUAGAUGAAGAUUAUUAUGCAAGAGUAGAAGGUAGAGAGAUUAUUAGUAAUUUAGCCAAAGCAGCAGGGUUAGCUACAAUGAUAGGUAUAAUGAGACCAGAUAUUGAUCAUCCAGAUGAAUAUGUUCGUAAUACAACAGCAAGAGCUUUUGCUGUUGUUGCUUCAGCACUUGGAAUACCAUCUUUGAUAUUAUUUCUAAAGGCUGUUUGUCAAUCUAAGAAGAACUGGGAAGCAAGACAUACAGGAAUUAAAAUAGUUCAACAGAUAGCUAUUUUGAUGGGUUGUGCUGUACUUCCUCAUUUGAAACAAUUGGUUAAUAUAAUAGCACACGGUUUACAUGAUGAACAGCAAAAGGUACGAACAAUCACUGCAUUGGCAUUAGCAGCAUUAGCUGAGGCUGCAGCUCCAUAUGGUAUAGAAGCAUUUGAUUCUGUACUUAGACCACUAUGGAAAGGGAUAACAGAAUAUAGAGGUAAAUUACUUGCUGCCUUUUUAAAAGCUAUAGGAUUGAUCAUACCGUUAAUGGAUUCAUAUCAUGCAAAUUAUUACACAAGAGAAGUAAUGAUUAUAUUAAUUAAUGAGUUCAAUUCACCCGAUGAAGAAAUGAAAAAAAUUGUCUUAAAAUGUGUUAAGCAAUGUAUACAGACAGAAGGAAUUGAAAAGGAUUAUAUUAAUCAAGAAGUUGUUGACCCUUUUUUUGAAAAAUUUUGGGUAAUGAGAAAUAGUAAUGAUAAAAGAAAUUUUAACUUGAUUGUAGAAACAACCGUCGAAAUUGCUAACAAAAUUGGAGGUGCUCUUGUUAUAUCAAGAAUUGUUGAUGACUUAAAAGAUCCAUCUGAACAGUACAGGAAAAUGGUAAUGCAAACUAUUCAGAGCAUUAUUAAUAAUUUAGGUGUAGAUGAUAUAGAUCAGAAAUUAGAGGAGCAAUUAAUAGAUGGAAUUUUAUAUGCAUUUCAAGAACAAGCAUCAGAUGAUUAUUAUGUUUUAUUAAAUUCAUUUGAUGUGAUAGUAAACAAAUUAAAGUUAAGAAUGAAACCGUACUUACCACAAAUAGCUGGUAUAAUCAGGUGGCGAUUAAAUACACCAUUACCUAAAAUAAGACAACAGAGUGCUGAUCUCAUAUCAAGAAUUGCAAAAUUAAUAAAAAUAUGUGGUGAGCAACAAAUGUUAGGUCAUCUAGCUUUAUAUCUGUAUGAAUAUUUAGGAGAAGAAUAUCCUGAGGUACUGGGUAAUAUUAUUAGAGCUCUUAAAUGUAUAGUUGUAGUUUUAGGUGUUCAGAAUAUGACGCCACCUAUAAAAGAUUUACUACCUAGAAUAACACCAAUUUUAAAAAAUAGGCAUGAAAAAGUACAAGAAAAUGUUAUUGACUUGAUUGGUAUUAUAGCAGAUAAGGGAGGUGAUUUAGUAUCUCCAAAAGAAUGGGAUCGAAUAUGCUUUGACCUAAUAGAAUUGUUAAAAUCGAAUAAAAAAUUAAUUAGAAGAGCAACUAUUCAAACUUUUGGUUAUAUUGCUAGAACUAUAGGACCAUUUGAAGUUUUAACAGUUUUAUUAAAUAAUUUAAGAGUUCAAGAAAGACAACUAAGAGUAUGUACUACAGUUGCAAUAGCAAUUGUAGCUGAUACUUGUUUACCUUAUUCUGUCUUAGCUGCAUUAAUGAAUGAAUAUAGAACUCAAGAUCUUAAUGUACAGAAUGGAGUAUUAAAAGCUUUAUCCUUUAUGUUUGAAUAUAUAGGUGAAAUAGCAAAGGAUUAUGUAUACUCAGUAGUUUCAUUAUUAGAACAUGCAUUAAUGGAUAGAGAUCUAGUUCACAGACAAAUAGCUACAUGGGCAUGUAAACAUUUAGCACUAGGUUGCUUUGGGUUUAAUCGUGAAGAUGCUUUAAUACAUUUACUAAAUUAUGUAUGGCCUAACAUAUUUGAAACAUCCCCACAUCUAAUUCAAGCUGUCAUAGAUUCUAUUGAUGGAUUCAGAGUAGCUUUAGGACCUGCUAUCAUUUUUCAAUACCUAGUUCAAGGCAUUUUUCACCCAUCUCGUAAGGUUAGAGAAAUUUAUUGGAAAAUAUAUAAUAAUGUUUAUAUAGGACACCAGGAUAGUCUUGUUCCCAUCUACCCGCCAUUUGAAAAGUUAAAUGACAGCAAUUUCACGCGCGAUGAAUUGCACUACACGUUGUAG